CAAUAUCGCGUGCCACAUUCGUCCAGUGAGAACGCAGAGAUGGUCAGAAAGCUCCCAGCCCUCCGUCGUGGAACAACCUACCGAGAUUUCUAGCACACCUCAAUCCAAUCCACAAUACAGCUACAGCAAAAACUCCAUCAAAGUUCUAAUUUCCCGCCAAAAAAAACCCGGUUGCUCCACGUUGGGCAAUUUCUGUACCACAAGAGUUACUAAAUUAUUUCGUGCUGCAAUUUGCAAAAACCCAAAGAAUCUCUCAAGCGUACAAGAGAUUCUCCCUCACCCAAGUGCUUCUGAAGUUGAAAGUGUUUCUCAUAUCAUUAUUUUUGGAUAUUAAAUCAAAAACAUUAUGUCUGUACUGCAGUGUUGAGUGAAAGAGUUUUCAUAUUCCAAAUUCCCCAACCAGUUGUUGAUCAAUUUCCUCUCCAACACAAUUCUUCCAUAACCCUGGCAUCAACUCUACGAAGUUGCUGGUGAAUCUUCCAGCAGUGAAUUCAGAAGAGUUAAAUAUAUUUGCCCAAAAGAUAAAUAAAUCCAGUGCCGGAGUGAAAAGUGCAAUUCUCCUAAAAUUUAUAAAUUGUGGAGCUAAAUCAUCAUUCGAGAGCAUAAAAAAGAUCUGGAGAGAAUGAUGGUGUCCCAGUGGCAGAGUGUCCUACAUAUUUUCAGUGUUUCUGGUAUCCUUCUUAUGAUAUUGCUUACAAUCAUGGUGCAGGAAUCUGAGGGCAGAGCGCGUAAAUCCUGUGGUUCAGAUUUGGCCGAUCGAAUAGCCACAGUCUGUAAUGGGGAAUACAAUGAACUCUAUUGGAGUGAUAGUGAUUCACAUACGAGAGUACGAAGAGGGAUUGUGGAUGAGUGCUGCAAGAAUAGAUGUUCAGACUCGAGGCUCAGGAGUCAAUAUUGUCAGACCAAAGACGAUUCAGCCAGGGUGGCCGAUGAUUCCAGUGUUUACGUAUCUAAAGAGGAACAUCCACCGGAGGAGCUGAAGAAGAGUCUCGAUGAACCCAUCAUCCCACACUCGAGACUGUCGCCGACGCCGGAAAUUGGCACUGUUGCCCCAGAAUAUAAUCUGAGAGGAAUGAUACCACCGCAGUACAGAACACAAGACAUCCGUUUCCAUUAAUUUAUUUAUUUAAUACGGUAGUGUAGACAUCAGUAGAACUAAAAUUUUCAAAUUGUACGAAGACAAGACGUUGAAUUUCCGGAUGAGAUGGAAAAUGCCACGGAGAUAUUUCUACAGUUUCUUUAGUAUUCUGCACAAUAUAGGGAUUAUUUAGUGAUUUAUUCGUGCUUGAAAUGCACUUUAGGUUUUCCCGAAAUGCAGAUUUUUAUCCUAUUACUUCUCACAAAAUACUAGGAUUUAUAAAAUCCACAAACAAGUCCAAUUGAAAAGUAAGUUAUGUAUUUUAGAACAAUGAUAAGAAGAAAAUUUUAUUUUUCGGCUAUCGGUAUGCAAAGUAUGAGUAAGGCGAAGUGGGAAACCUUUGAAAGUGGGGCAGCUUUGAAAUUGGAAUUUUUCUCUUAUUUUUAAAUAAAAUUGAGCCCUUUAAUGAAAUAAUUUAGCUGCACAAACAGAUUGAGAAGCUAAAGUACAUUUUAAUAUAGCUCAGUUCCAUUUAAACAUUGGAGAAAAAUCCCAAUUUCAAAGCAGUCCCACAUUUAAAGGUGUCCCACUACCCUCUAACACCCUAAACCAUUGCAGAGAUUUUUAUUAAAUCUUUGAACUGAGUACAGCUUCCGCGGUUAAAUUUUAUAUUCGUUACAAAUUUAAAUUCAAAGAAUAUGACAUGGAAUUACUUCUCUUACGGCCACGCCCUCUAACGAAUAUAUGAGAGUAAUCUUUGAAGAAAAGUAUCUUACUAUUAUUAUGAUUCAAUGUUAGAAUGAAUCAAUUAUUCCAAUUAGAAAAACAAAAAAGUUCAAUAUAUAAUUAUAAUUGAAAUUUUAUUUAAAAAUCAACUAAUUUUAUUCAUUUUUUAAACUAAAUGAAGUAAAAUUAUUUUAAAAAAAGAUCCAUUUAAGGUAUCCAUUGAAACAGAAAUAUCUCCAAAAAGUGAAUUACUUUGCUGGACAAAAUAAUUCAUAAUGUGAUAUUGUAGAUUUAUAUUUCCUCAAAUCAUUCGACAAUGUGAGAGAGAGGAGUUUAGAAUUUGUGAUAUUUAUACUGUCGUAUAUACAACAUCUCGGAAAACAAAAUAUAAAAGCCAAAAUAAUUGUGAGAGAGAAAAUUUUGUUAGGGAGUAAGAAUGGUGAAAGUUAAGCCUAAACCAUUUGGUGAUAAAAUUGUGAUGGCACUGUAUAGUUUGUCAGUGUUAAUCAUACACAGUGCCCAUUACUCUCAAACUGAUUAUAAGAGUCUCAAAAUAAUUUACAUGAUAAACUUACACUAAAUAUACAAUUAUGUACACAGCUAUAAAUAUAAAAUAUUAAUCAGGCGACUACUAUAUGGCCACAAGAAAAUUGAUAAACCCCAGAAUUUUUUUUUAUAUUAUCAACUAAAUGCCUCAAUAGAACUCCAAAUAUCGCUUCGCCCUGGACUUCACCAGCGAUAUGUCACAACAUCCGUGUAAUUUUUGGCUAAUAAAAAUAUUUCAUGUGUUA